UAUGUUUUGUGUCGUUUUGUUGGUCCUCAUCGUAUUCCCGGAUCAAAAUCUCGCAGAAAAGAAAACCACGUUUGCAUCGUCAAACUCCAAGUUUUACAGAUUAAUCAGUUUCGGCAACGAUGGGAAUAUCAAAAUCGAUUUGGAUUUUAAUGUGCCCUUCAUCACCUUGCCGAUCAAAAAAUCCAUGGAAACAGCCAAAAACGCACUGAUAAACUUGAACGUGGGCGCGGUGGUGCUAGCGGGGGUUUUUAUAUUUGGAGCCGCAGUCACUUUACCGAUUAUCUUGGCGUUUUUUAAUAAAAAAGGGCUGAUUCCCUCCGAUGGACCUUUUGGUGGAUUUUAUCAUAAGAUAAACCAACAGAGGAGUGAAGAUUCCCCUGUAUGGAAAUACUUGAUGACAAUCGAUAAAUCACUUAUGGACAAUAAUGUGGAUAUAACGUCGUGCAGCCAAAGGAUGUUGUGCUGGGCAGUAGAAAGUUCUUCAAAAAACGUUGCCAAUGGUAAAGGAUCCAGUGCUGAUAAAAUAUUCGAUGGUCUGGUAACGAACCGCUGGGUCCAAGAAAACAUGUUGAGUUCAGUGUACCUGGAGGCUGUCAAUAGUGGUCUAAGUGGAAUAAAUUGCUCCCAAGUAUAUAAAAUGUGUCAAAUGAACUACGACUGGCUGAAAAUAUUUAUUAACAAGUUUAAUGGGACUUAAUGGGUUUCUUACGAAAUGUCGUUUGACUGAAUAAAACACAAUUAAUGUUUAGAAACUUCUAAUUACACAUUUUUUUAUUUAUUUAAAAGAAUUAGGGCUGUUGCAACUGUAGCUUAAGGCUAAUGGCUAAUUAAAAGUAUAUUUUGAUUUUUCAGAAAAUUUAAUAAUAUCAAUAUAGAAACUAGGAAAUUUAUAAUUCAACUAAAUCUUUCGAGA